UCUCUAUCUCCUCGGCCCUCUAUUGCAACAUCAUGUAUCUCUCUCUCUGCUCGAUCUACCGCACAUCAAGGAGCAUUCUGCUGCAACAUCAGGGUUUUGAUGUGAAACUAAUCAAUGUAAAUCGAACUUGCAAAGUUACAAAAGGUGAUGCUCCUUUCUCUUUUAUUUGGGUUCUUUCUUAGGAAUAAAAUUCAUUUCUCUAUUGUAUGUGAUCUUUCUCUUCACUUCCUAUUUCGGGGAGGACAAGUGGUCAAGUACACUGCCAUGUUAGCUUGUGGCAACUAUCAUGGAGUUGUGGGCUUUGCAAAAGGAAAAGGCCCAACAAUUCCCAUUGCCCUCCAAAAGCAAAAGAGUGACUAUUUUACCUCCAAUUGUUGCCAUUCUGAGACGCUGGCGGCCACUUUUGGCAAGUAUUCAUGAGCUUACUUCUUCAGAUGAUCUGAAUCCCCUCGUUGUUGAUGACCGCGCUUUGACAGCAGAUGUGCUGCCUCUUAUGGUUGCGGAGGGUGCAAAAACAGCUGGUGCUUCACGUAUAAUUGGCGUAGAUAAUGACAACAAGAAUUUUGAUGUUGGCUGGAGAUUUGUGGUUUGAGGGUCGUGAGCACAUUUGCCACACAUGAGACCUACUCUUACAACUUAAGGAGGUAUGUUGUUGUUUGUUGCAAAAACGAUUUCUUUGCUUGCAUGCUUCUGACAAUGAGUUUUUUUUUUAUGAGGCUUGUGUGCUUCUGAGUUAUGUUUUUGUUGUUGCAAAAAAAUGAUUUCUUUGCUUGCAUCCUUCUGAGAUUGUAUUUCUUAGGAGGCUUUGCUAAGAUAUGAUUCACCGGUGUUGUUUGUUGUGGUGAGAGAUGAAUGCGUGCUGUAGAAACUGAGACAUCUGGUUUGGUGGGAGGAGAAAUAAUAAGCAAGACAUGGGAGAACCUUAUGGAAAAUUGCAUAGAAAUGAAGGAACUUGUUUCUGGUUCAUAUUUGCGGGAGAUGUGUUUCCCUUUUUGCUUUCUCUACCUUUGAAUUUCUCUCACAAUCACAUGUUUAGGAACUGAUAUAAAUUCAUUUACCAUUCAUUCGAAAUCUAUGUGAGGCUGUGAGCGCUGAAUUCAUUUGUAAAAUCCAUGAUAAUUUUUUCAGUGGAAAUGUUUGAAAGCUUCUAUUUUUUACUCAAACAUAAGAAAUCACAUGUUAUUUUAUUUUGUUUUAUAUUUUAUUUGCAUUUAUGGACAACUCAUGAGUUUUUCCCUUUGUUCUUUAUUUUCUGUUUAUACUGCAGCAUGAGCCAAACAGCCUAAAGAAAUCUAUCCGUACUUGAUGCAUAAGAAAACCACACUCCAUUUGAUAUAUCUUCCUUUAUUUAAGCAUUAUAGAUUUAUAGAACCUGUUGGGAUUAGCUAUGCUAGAAAUGGAAAAUUAUGAAAACUCAAACGUAUACUCUAGCCUCGAAGAUUUAAUAAACAUACAAAGGAAGAUUCAGGUUGGACAAGUACAGGAAACUUGUACUGCAAAAGAACUAUGUGAAAUUCUUGGUAGUUUUCACUUAUACUUUGCAUUAUGACAAAAAAAAAAUCAGUUUGUUUGAUAAUCCUUUUAUUUUUAUGUUAUGUUAUAAUUCUCAAAGGCAGCACAUGAUAUUUUCUAAAAUUCUCAAAGGCAGCAUAUGUCAAAAUUUAUCAUGAAGAAAACACAUACUGACUGCCCCUUAAAGUUUAAACAUCUGGUAAGAAAAUUAUUAGAAGUUACUUGAAUUUUGAGAUAGUUCAUUGACAUGAAAUUCUCAGCGAGUACAACUUUCCUCUAUCUAUUCCUAUUGGUAGCUAUGCAUUUAUUUAUUUUUUUAGUGUAAUAUUUUUUGUGUUCUUUAAAUCAGCUCUAUAACUCACAAGCAUCGUUGGUUGGCCUCGUCAUACAGGUGUUAUAGUUGGGAUGGGACAGAAAGAUGCUUGUGUUGGUGAUGAGAUGCAAUCCAAGAGAGGUAUUCUCACUUUGAAAUAUCCGAUUGAGCAUGGGACUGUAAUUUGGAUGACAUGAAGAAGAUCUGUCAUCAAUUGAUUCCAUUUUGAAAAAAGAAAAAUCCUUCCCUUCAUCCUC